AUGGAUGAUCGAGGAUUGUGGAUCACUGAGAAGUCAGGGAUUGAGAAGAAUGCGGUAAACUAUUUCAAAGAGUUGUCCAAAACAAGUUAUCCUACGCAGGGAGCUACCGAAACAGUAGUCAAUCGUGUCACACAGAAGGUUACAAAUGAUAUGAAUUUGUCUCUUCUCAAGGAGUUUCAAGCCAGUGAAAUAGUUGAAGCA